UCAUUCAAUUCAUUAUUAUUGAGACACUCUUUCUCUCUGCAUGCAUCUCUCUCUCUCUCUUAAUCUCCCGUGGUUGUCAGGAUUUGGGAUUCUUUUUUCGUAAUAAAAAAGAUCAGUGUCCAAUCUCUCUUAUCAUCUUCAAAAGUUUCCUAUUAUUUCAUUCCUCUUCUCAUCCUCAGUUUUCUCUAACUCAGAGACAAUCUUCUUUCGCAUUUCUCUCUCUCCAAACAAAAGUACAAUCCGAGAAAAAAAAGAAAACAGAGCAAUGAAGAAAAUCGUGUUAAAGCUGGAUCUGCAUGAUGAUAAGGCCAAACAAAAGGCCCUUAAAACAGUUUCUACUCUCCCAGGUAUCGAUUCGAUUGCAAUGGACAUGAAGGAGAAGAAGUUAACGGUGAUUGGAACUGUUGAUCCGGUGAAUGUAGUCAGUAAGCUAAGGAAGUACUGGCCGACGACUGAUAUCAUAUUGGUGGGACCUGCAAAGGAGCCGGAAAAAGAGAAGAAGGAGGAGCCAAAAAAGGAAGGUGGAGGCGAGCAGCCGAAGAAAGAAGGAGAAGCUCCAAAGGAAGAAGGUAAAAAGGGCGGAGAGGCUCCGAAGAAGGAAGAAGAGAAGAAGGAAGGUGGCGACAAGAAGGAAGGAGAGAAGAAAGAUCAACCACAACCGCAGCCACAGCCUCAACUACCACCACCAGAUCAUGUGUUGGAGCUUGUAAAGGCGUAUAAAGCAUAUAAUCCUCAUCUAACAACGUAUUACUACGCCCAAAGCAUUGAAGAAAACCCUAACGCUUGCGUUAUAUGUUGAAAAACAUGUAUAAUAUAAUACAAUUUGGGUGAAAAAAAUGUGAAAAGAUGGACCGAUCUAUACUGAGGAAGAAGAAUAAGAAAUAGAGGAUAUAUCUUAGACUAAGAUAUGCCGAUUAGGAUUA